AUGCUAAAUUUGCAUACUGUAGGCUCUGCCAUCGCUGUUGAGCGCAUUUUUUCAGGCAGUCGCGAUACUAUUUCCCUUCGACGUGCUAGUCUCCAACCCAACACGAUUAGAACACUAAUGUUGGUCAAACAGCGGCUGCGCCUGGCUCGUAAUGCCAUCAUGGUGAUUGAUUGA